UACACAGUCAACUUUACUGUUGAGUUUUAUUUUGCUUUUUUUUUUAUUUAUUUCAUCACAUUAAAAUAAUUAUUUGUUCGAUGAAUUUACUUUUGGCGUUAAACUGUUGCUAAGUAACAGGGUAUAAACAAACGAAACAACGGGACACAAAUGUUUUGGCUGUUUUUGUAGACUGUACAUUGAUACGAAGAGUUCGUUUAUUUUUCGCUUUCAUUGAGUGAAAACUGCUAAAACAUGGAUUCUGAAGCUAGCUGGACGGAUGAUGAGUAUUCCUUGCAGGAGAUGUUACUCGGGCAACACACUUCAAAAGAAAAAUACGCUCUGCACAAUUACAAUCUUGGCUGUCUCGAUCACAGAGAACACAUCCGUUUACACCUGGAAUUCAAAAACAUGGUUAAAAUGGAUUUCAUACAUGAUUUUACAUCUCUGACAAGGUUGGAUCUUAAUAACAAUGUCAUACAGAAGAUCUGGGGCCUGGACCGUCUGACUAAUCUGACCUGGCUUAAUCUGUCAUUUAACAAGAUCGAGAACAUUGGGGGCUUGGACUCCCUGCGGAAGCUUGAGUUGCUGAAUUUGGCCUUCAACAACAUCUCUGUCAUAAAGAACAUGGAUACACUUGAGAACCUUACUCACUUCUUCAUUUCAAAAAACCAAAUCGAAGACAAGGAAUGUGUGCACUACCUCAUGAGAUUUAAAAAGCUGUUCAAACUCUCCAUCGGUGGAAAUCCCUUCACUGAGAAGGACGAUCAGUCGCUUUAUGUUGCUGCCUUUAUUCCAAAUGUGAUCCUCUUAGACAACAUUUUAAUUACCCCACAGAUGCGAGAGGAGGCUGCCAUCAAGUACAAGUUUGAGCUUAAGAAGUUGCUUGAGUCACAGCAAGCUCAGGAAAAAAUAGACAAAGAUGCGGUUGUGGACAGUGCUGUGCCAGUUACGUCAGCAAACAAAGUAGAGGCAGCGAGCCCAGACAUCCUCCCAGGAGCUCCUCCCGCACAGAUGUCUCAGAGCAAACUUGCGGAGCUGUGCUCACAAAUAUUUCCUACAGACUCAGACGAGUACAAACAACUGGAGACAGAGCUGAACUCUUUCUUCGCUGGCCAGAUUGAAACUGAUGCUCACUACCAGCAGAGGGCGUCACAGAUUCUUGCAGACUUCCAUGAGCAAUACGAAACGAGGUUAAAAGAUAUAAGAGCAAUAGAAGACCCCGAUCUGUGCCGUCUCAAAAUCCUGGACUUAAGACAUGAAACCGCCAAGUUUUUUAAAAAUCUCUUGGCUCUGGAGUUUGAGUUUGUCAAAAAUCUGGAUGACAACAUCAUGCUGCUAGACAGCUUCAUCUCAGACAUGUUGUCUACAGGCAAUGAUUCACCCGGUCAAGAUGAGGCCUCGGAGACCAUCAGUGACACAGAAAAUCAAAUGGAUACACAAGUUAAUGACUCGAAAGAAGCUCUCAUCAAAGAAAUUCAGGAAGAAGAGGAAAGGAGGAACCGUGUGCGCAUCUCAGACAUCUACCGAUAUUAUGAGUUUUUGUUGAAACCCGUGGAGGAGAUGGAAUGAAAUUUUUGCUGUAUUUCACUGACAGCGUCGACACUAUUACAAUGUUUAGCAAAUAAUAUGUAUACAUCUAUUUACUUUUCCAUGUAUUACGUGUAGGCGCAAAGUUCCCCCUGCGCCUACUCUGAUCCAACUAAAUAAAAUUAUACCUUUCCACCUGA